AUGUUUUUCAAGGUAGUUGUCCUUGUGGCAUUGAUAAACAUCGUGUUAUCAUAUGAAACGGAAGGAGUCAUACGUAAAUUGACAUUUAACGACAUAAAUUUUCUUCACACUACUGAUACUCAUGGAUGGUAUUCUGGUCAUUUAAACCAGCAAGUAUAUGGUGCCAAUUGGGGAGAUUUUGUUCUGUUUAGCACUCACAUGAAAUCCUUGGCCCACCUGAAAGGUCAAGACUUGCUCCUAGUGGAUAGUGGCGACAGACAUGACGGAAACGGCUUAUCGGACAUAACUGAGCCCAAUGGUGCUAGGUCAAUUCCAAUUUUCAUCAGACAGCACUAUGACGUGGUCACCUUAGGAAACCACGAGUUGUAUUUGGCCGAGAACUCCGAUCAGGAGGUGGACGUGGUGAUCCCACAUUAUGGAGAAAACUAUGUCUGCUCCAAUGUAGAGUAUACUAAGAAUGGAAAGUGGCAUCCUUUUGGCAGGAAGUACAGGUACUUCACGACAGAGAAACAGGGAAAACGGAUCCUCUCGUUUGCAUUUUUGUUUGACUUCAACAGGUACAAUUCCAAGACUAAAGUCACCCCUAUCGCCGAGGCAAUUCAUCAACCUUGGUUCAAUGUGGUGUUGGAGCAGUAUCCAGCAGAAAAGGUGGAUAUGGUGCUUGUGGUAGGCCAUAUUCCGGUUGACAGACGCUGGAGUGAACUUGGAUUUCUCCAUGCCAAAUUGAGAGACCACUAUCCAAGUGCCAAAAUCCAAUACUUUGGUGGCCACAGCCACAUUCGAGACUUUGUGGUGUACGACGACAUGUCCACGGGGCUCCAGAGUGGGAGAUUCUGCGAGACAGUGGGAUUCUUGAGUAUCAAUAUGACCUCAGACGACCUAGACUUGAAGUCCCGGUAUUCUCGUUCCUAUAUUGACUUCAACAAGCAGCUGUUUGUCUUCCACAGCGGUGUGGGAACGGAAAAUUUCGAUACAUACAAUGGAACGGCCACCAACAACAUGAUUGAAAUCGCGAGAAGGGAAUUGGAUUUGGACAGACAAAUUGGAUAUGUUCAAGACUCAAACUACUACGUUGACUACGUUCCGCUUACACAUCCUAAGAAUCUCUUCCGUUUGCUCACCAAAAAAGUAAUGCCCCUGCUUGAGCCAGACUAUGAUAAUGUCACCGUGAGUGACCAGCGACUCAUUAUCAUCAACACAGGUUCAGUUCGCUACGACAUGUACAAGGGUCCAUAUACCAUUGACACGCAUUACAUUAUUUCCCCAUUCAAGAAUGACUGGAUGAAGGUGACGUUACCUAAGCAUAUUGCCAUCCAGAUAACUCCCCUUCUCAAUAGGAAACAGUACAUUAUUUCUGAAGGAAGUGGAACUUUGGACAGCGAUUAUUUGAAACCUCCUCACCAAAGGUAUAUUGGUUCAAUGAGAGACAAAAGUUUGGCGAAAUCAUUCGAAAGUUCAGCAUUUGAGAGUUCAGGAUUUGGAAGCUCACAGGUUGGAAGUGCCGGAAUUGAUCAGUAUAUCAUGAAAUAUCCAGGAAUUAUCCAAGCCAUUUUUGACUCCAAGAGACUCACCAAGGGAUACGUCACAGUUGACGAUUUUGGAAGUGAUGGCGAUGACACCCGCCACAGAGCGGUGGUCAACUAUCCCGUUCCAAAUGUCGUCCAGAGCAUGGAACUCAAGACAUCGUCCAAACAUGCACCUGUUGAUGUGGUUUUCUACACGUUCAUUCUCCCUAACAUCAAGAGUGCCGUGGAGGAGCUCGGAUAUAAGUUGCCAGAAGUGCAAUUGUAUUCCAAAAAGUACUUGGGGCUCCUCCUCAAUGAUUAUGUUGCAAGUAACCAAGUCUAA